GUUCAAAGUAACCAGAAGUUUUUUAUGAAAAAUAAAUUUUAAGUAUUUAAAUAAGAGCAAAUUCAUUUAUAUACAUCGAAAAAUUAAAGAGGAAGAUCAUUAACGGGAUAGACCAAUUAAACCCCACAGUAAAAUGAGUGUCAAUAACAGCUGAUAUUUAUUCUACCACGUGGAAACGUUUUGUGGAAAGCGAAUGCAUUUUUACACAUAUUUUAAAAAUCAAAAUGAACACUUUCAAUGAAGAAUCGACUGUUAUUAAUGAUUUGGAACUAAGAUCCAAUCAUCUUCAACUAAGUAUCGAUCAAAUUAAGACUGAAAGUAUUUUUGAACAAGAUUUUGAACUUUCUCGGAUGCUUACAGAAAACUCGAAGCUUAAACAUCGCUUGAGAAUCUUAAGAGAGGCCAUCAGCAAAGAAUCAGAUGUAUCAAAAGAAGAACCAGAACCAAAUGGAUUGAUUAAUUUGAUGGAAUAUCUAAAAACGAAACUCAAAAAAGCAAUUCAAAAAGCCUAUCCUAACCUACAUGAUGCCCCUGUGGUACUUACUGUAUCAACAAACUCAAAAUUUAAUGACUAUCAAUGUAAUAGUGCAAUGCCAGUUUCUAAGUUGUUGAAAGAGAAUGGUGUCAACACGAAUCCCCGAGCUGUUGGAACAGAAAUAGCGAAAUAUGUGAAUCCUUGUUCAGUGGUUGAAAAAAUUGAUGUUGCCGGGGCAGGAUUCAUAAAUAUACAUUUAAGUCGCCAAUAUGCAAAAAAGGCACUUGCCGAUGUUCUUGUAAAUGGUGUUACUGCUCCAAAAUGUGAGAAAAAAAGAGUUGUUGUCGAUUUUUCCUCCCCAAAUAUAGCAAAAGAGAUGCACGUUGGCCAUCUGAGGAGUACCAUUAUAGGAGAAUCGAUUAGCCGUCUUUUAGAGUUUUUCGAUCACGAUGUUAUUCGUUUAAAUCACGUUGGAGACUGGGGAACACAAUUUGGAAUGCUAAUUGUACAUUUGCAAGACACAUUCCCAAAUUAUUUAAUACAGUCUCCUCCAAUAGAAGAUUUACAAGCUUUUUAUAAAGCUUCAAAAAUUCGAUUUGACGAAGAUGAACAGUUUAAAAAAAGAUCUUAUGAUGCCGUUGUUCAGUUACAAGGACACCAUCCAGAUUACAUCAAGGCAUGGAACAUGAUUUGUGAUGUGUCGCGUUCAGAAUUCAAAAAGAUUUAUGAUAGACUAGACAUAAGUCUAAAGGAGCGUGGAGAAUCUUUUUAUCAGAAACAUAUGGAACGUUUAGUAAAAGAGUUAAAAGAAAAUGAAUAUCUUGAAGAGGAUGAUGGUCGAAUGAUUAUGUGGGGUUUAAAUCGUGAGGGUAUCCCUUUGACGAUUGUUAAAACAGGUGGAGGUUUUACUUAUGACACCUCGGAUAUGGCUGCUAUAAAACAGCGUAUUGAAGAAGAAAAAGCUGACUGGAUUAUUUAUGUUACUGAUAAUGGUCAAGCAACUCAUUUCCAUACGAUAUUUUCUUGCGCAUCUAGAAUAAACUUACUCCAACCUGAAAAGCAUCGUGUAGAUCACGUUGGAUUCGGACUUGUUUUAGGGGAAGAUGGAAAAAAAUUUAAAACUAGAUCUGGAGAUACAAUAAAGCUUAUCGAAUUACUGGAUGAGGGAUUAAAACGUAGUAUGGAUAAGCUAAAGGAAAAAGGUCGUGACAAAGUUUUAAAUGCUGCAGAACUAAAAGAAGCUCAAGAAUCAGUUGCUUACGGUUGCAUCAAGUAUGCAGAUUUGUCUAAAAACCGUACAUGCGAUUAUGUAUUUUCCUUUGAUAGAAUGCUUGAAGAUAAAGGAAAUACCGCUGUUUAUUUAUUAUAUGCGUAUACUCGCAUCAAAUCGAUUGCUCGUAAUUGUGGUACAGAGUAUGUGAAAAAAAUUCGGGAGCUUGCAAAAACAAAUCUUUUUGCAUUGGAACAUGAAAAGGAAUAUAAGUUGGCAAAAGUUUUACUCAAGUUUCCUUAUGUCAUAACAGAAUGUUGCAGUGACCUUUUACUACAUCGAUUAUGUGAUUACGUUUAUGAAAUUUGUACUUGUUUCAGUGAGUUUUACGACAAUUGCUACUGUAUUGAAAAAGAUAAAGAGGGUAAAAUAAUAAAAAUUAAUGAUGAACGAGUACUUUUAUCAGAGGCUGCAGCAUUAAUAAUGGAAAAAUGCUUUUAUAUUCUUGGUUUAAAACCCAUUGGAAAAAUAUAAAGUAGUUUUCAGUUAUGAAGCAACAAUACCUUCGAAAUGAGGAAAAUAAAAAUUUUAAAUUUACAGUUUUAUAGAAA